ACUACCUGAGAGAAGAUAGUCACAAGAGAGAAGACACACGGACAGAGAUAUUGAUAAAUCAGGGUGGAGGGACCGAAGGUUUAUCACUUUAAACUAACACAACCCAGAGACACAGGUGAGCUGAUAAGGCAGUCUAGCUCAGUUUGUGUCUGUGCUUUAGGGUAGUAGACCAUGUCAGUGUUUCAGAGACAGGGGCGCUUUUCGCACAUGGAACGUCUAGAGAGCUGUGUGUUCUAAAACUGCAGAGAAGAGCGAGAAGAGCAAAUAUACUGAGAAUGCAGAGAAAGACUGCUUCCUUAUCACCUCACUUGUGUGGAAACAAAGAUAGACACCGAGCUGCCUAAAGGUCAACUGGACCCUUCAACUGAGUGACCUCCACUUCAGCCUAAAAGUGUUGAACUCACUGACGGUACACGCCAUUAAGUCCAAGAUGCCUCUGAAGACCACCUUAUACCUCAAAUCAGCCAGCAUGCGCUGGCCCCGCAAGCAGAAGCGCCGUGAGCUGCUAUCAGUCAACAUGAUUAGCCUACCCUUAGGUGACUUCCGCCACCUCUCCCACAUCGGAUUGGAUGCCCACGGGGAUGUCUUCGGCGACCUCGCAACCUUCCAGCGGACCGGUAGUCUCAUCCUCCACAGCUCUCAAAGCCACCAGGACCUCUACUCCAACAUCACCCCCAAUGAGACCCCCCCACCUCCACCCAAGCCCCCACGCCUCCUCAGCCCAGAAGAGAUGGAUUCACAUGCCGCCAAAGCCAGAACCCAUCCCCAGGCUUCCAGAAACCAGAGGUGCCUCUUCCUGCCUUUACUGGAUGUUGUGGAGGUAGUGGAGCAUGACAGGUUGCACCACAAAGAAGAGGUAAAGCAGGAGCAGGAAAAGAAGGAGGAGGGAGGGUUAACGAUGGGGUCGGAUGGAUCCGAAUUGAACACGGCCCCCCAACAGGCUCCUUGUCCCCCAGUGGAGGCCCCUCCAGGGGUCGAUGAAGACUCGUCUUUUGUCCUGAACCUUGACUUGGGGCCGUCCAUACUAGAAGAUGUGCUGCAAGUGAUGAACAAGCUUCACCAGUGAGACUUUGGGAAGUGUGGCCCUCAUGUAAUAUAUUUUAUUCUAAGGGCCUUUCAAGAAACCCAACAUAUAUAGGGGAGAAAAACUAAAAGUUCCUUCCUUUCUAAUGGGGAUUGAAAGGGGUUAUGUCAUGGAUGGAAAAAUGGGCUGGACUAUUUUCAAUUGCCAGGAUGCUAAUUGGCACAUUUAUUUUUAAUUACUGUUGUUAGUUUGGCUAACUAGAGCAAUGUGUCAUAUCUGGGUCAACGCUUUGAAAGGUUGCCUUUCUCAGGUGAAAGCUCUGUGAGCCAAUGACACUCCACCUGGAUCAUGUGACUUUUGUAACGCAGGUGUAUAGAGGAGACAUGUUGUGAAAGGUAAGAAAGACAGACAGUAAACGACGUAUGAGACAUAGCUGUGAGGCAGAUGUUUAUGACUUCUAUUGUGAAACACUGAAAUAAGACUGGUGGAUUUUGCUUUUCAAUGUUUAGGCCUACUAUAUAGGGACAAUGAACACUAGCUCUCCCAUAGUCAGACAUAUGCAGUAGCAAUAAGGACAGAAGCUGGGUCGUUCUACGGAAUGAGUCCCUUUUGCGUCCCUUUGAUAUUUUAAGUCUAAAUUGUGCACCAAUCGAACAUUUUAAAAGCUUUUUUUUUUAUAUGAAUCAAUACUUGCUAAAGUGCCAAAUCUAUGCACCCUCUGUGACUUCUAGGAAGAUUUUAACCCACUUAACCCCAACAUUUCUCCAAGUUGUCACCAUCAUUGUAAAGCCCUAGUUGUUUGGUUGCUUCGACAAAGUAAUUUCUUCAUGUGAUUAGUGAUUCAUUUUUAGGUAAAAAAAAACUGUGUCCCUCAUUUUAAGGUCAACCCUGUUACGUGAACUGAACUCUUGUGUUCAUAUGGUGAAACUGUUACUUUAAAAAAAACAUUGAACAUCUAAUAGUUAAAUCAUAAUGUAAUUUCAGUUUUUUUGUGUUGAAAUACUGAGUGGGUCAAGCAUAACACGUCAAACUUGUUACCCAUAGAUUGACAAUUACACAUUUUUGUAUAGCUUGCAUUCAAUUGCUCCUCCUGUUGCACACAACAAGCUUCCAUUCCUCAUGUCACAAGGGGAUUUAUGGCUGAUUUAAGAUGAAAUCGUCAACCCUGUUACAUUACAGAAUGUUAAAAUUAGGUGAAAUAAAAUGUUAUUUUUGGGGGGGACCAAGUUGCACUACCCAAAAGGGACUUAUUUCGUAGAACGACCCAGCAGACUCACUAGAGUGUAUACUGAUAGUGUCACAUCCUGGCCUCUGUUAUAUUGAUUUUCUUUAUUAGUUUAGUUAGGUCAGGGUG